GUCCCGACAACCAACAAGCCAACUUACGCCAUGCGGUACCAAGCUGUCGAGUCACCAAAUGCACAGCAGGACUCACUUCCAGUUCCUCCUCGCAAGGUUCUGCAUUCCAUUGAUGCUCGGCUGAAUGCUCUAGAGCCUCGUUUAUCAUGGUUCUACGCUCGCCUAUUACUACUCACGGGUGUAAGCUGGGCGAUUCAAGCGGCUGAACUCGUUCUGUUCGACUUCACGCGAGUGCUCGUUGCCAAUGACAUCGGAAUGUCGACACUGGUCCUCCAAGUCUAUGCGGCCAGCAUCUUCAUGGGGUCAAUAGCCGGAGGCCCGAUCUUCGGUCACAUCGCGGACCAGUUUGGCCGUCGGAUAGCCAUUGUGAUUGCAAUGGUGUUUUCGUUGGGAGGCCUUGCAGUAUCGGCUCGUGCAAACGCUGGGAACAUAUUGAUUGUUGGUCGCAUAGUUACUGGUCUUGGCUUCGGUGGACAGCUCACCUCGACGGUUGUUCUGGUUCGCGAAUUGGCUCCUCGGUCCAUGAGUGGACGCGUCGUGUCAUUACUCGACGCGUUCACGGGGAUUGGCGGUUUGAUCGGUGUAGCGUUGGCUUUUGCUGUGGCCCCACGGUUGGGAUGGCGCACUACAUAUCUCGCCGCGUGUGGACUUGUGCUGUACGCAAUAGUGUUGCGCUUCACUGUUCCAGAAUCACCGCGUUGGCUGGCUAGUGUCGGACGCACGGAAGAAGCUUGUGCUAUUGUGGAAAAGAUCGAACACUUGCACGGCAUUCAGGCGUCUGGUGAUAACACGCAGAAGACAGAGCUCGAAUUUACGUCUGCUCUGGAAUCUCCAUCAUCGUCAUCGGCGAAGACUCCGCUCCUCAAGCGGUUGAUCUCCACGCUCGUGCUGUGGAUCUUGUGGAUCGCUAUGACCUUGUCGUCCUACACACUGGGCAUCUACGUUCCUACGCUUAUCAGCCUCAGUGGCUACAACGUCUUUGCAAGCUGGUGCACCAUUGGUGGGCUGAAAAUCGCUCAAACGGUUGGUUCGGUCGCAGCAGCAACAGCGUUGGACUCGUACGGCUUUCACCGCUGCUUCGCUAUCUUUGCAACUUUGGUUACUAUCUUCUCGGUUGUAUUGAGCUAUGUCACUUGGUCGCAUGCGGUAGUCACUGCCAUUACCUUCGUGGUGACUGCUCUGCUGUCUGCAUGCUGGAGUUGCGUUCUGGCGUAUACCCCAGGACACUUCACGACAACCCAUCGCGGGCGUGGAGUGGGGUACGCUGUUGGGGUCAGUCGUUUGGCUGCCGUCGGAGGGUGUUACCUGUACCCUCAUAUGUUCAACGUGUGGGUUCUAUCCGUGCCUGUGCUGUGUUGGAUCUUUGGUGGCGUAUUGACAAUUGUCGCUGUUGGCUUUUCACCUCGCUUCGGUUACCAGCUCCUGGAGCAAGAAGAUGACACAGACUCUUGCGCAUGGACAUCGGCAGCUGACCUGGAGAAUGGAAUGUCUAGUGCUAGUGAAGAGCGCUCAAAUGGAGCUAGCGCCGCCGAAGAGAGUAGAUGAACACCUAUUAGAUAAAAUAAAGAGAAACUGUAAGUAGUGUUAGCAAUGCACAAGUGAACAGAGCUUUGACGUGGUACUACAAAAUGCACGAAAAAUCAGAAACGGAAAAAUAACUGUGCGACAUAAUUUAGGCCAAGAAAAACCUUCAUCAAAAAAUACA